UCAUGUCACAGAACAGUUUGAAUGAUAACUGCACCCAUGUGGAUGAUUUCAUAAAGCGCUACUAUCUAUCGGUCAUGUACAGCAUCAUCUUUAUCGUGGGUACGGUGGGGAACAUCACAGCUCUGGUGGUGUACGUGUUUAAAGUACGGCCCUGGACCAACACGACCAUCAUCAUGGUAAAUCUUCUCGUCAGUGACCUCCUACUCAUGUCCUCCUUGCCCUUCUUAGUUUACUACUACAACAACAAUGACACCUGGACACUGGGACUUGAUAUGUGUCGCUUCACGCGCUUCAUCUUUCAUUUAAACUUAUACGGCAGCAUCCUCUUCCUCACCUCUCUGUCCAUCUUCCGCUACGUUGGAGUUGUUCGUCCGGUGCAGAAGGAGAAAAUGAAGAAGAUGCGCUGGGGUGUGCUGGCCUGUGUGUUGGUCUGGGUUGUUGUGUUGGCCAUGAUAUCUCCAAUCUUUAAUAACUUUGAAUUAAAAUUCCAAAACAACAAAACCGUAUGUCCGGACCUCGCCAGCACUAACAAAGACUUCAUCUGGCCGUAUAGCUGGGUGCUGACUGUAGUGGGAUAUAUAUCGCCUCUAAUCGUGGUCUGUUUGUGUUACUGGCGUAUCAUGAGAAAGUUAGGGAAGGGUCCUCAUACAAGAAGCAGGGUACGAAUAAAGGCAAGAAGAGUUAUUGUGUUGAUAUUGACCUGCUUUAUUGUGUGUUACUUGCCUUUUCACGUACUACGAGCUUUGAGAAUUUACACAAGGAUCAUGCCGAAAGUCACCUGCAUGUUGGACCACGGUGUGCAUGCUGUAUAUGCUAUAUCAAGACCGAUCGCUGUUCUUAACAUAGUUUGCAACAUGAUGCUGUACACAUUGUCUGGGGAUUCCUUUAAACAGGCGUACAUGGAGUUCUUUAGGUGUAAACAGCUCAUGGAAAAGAAUAAAGAGAUCAGUAAGGCGACUGAGACCAGCAAACCCUCAUCCGACUUACAGUAGUGUACACUGUUUUUUCAAAUCAACAUAUAUUUUUAUGUUACUUUAGCUUAAAAAAAUAUGUUUAACAAUUUCAAAUGAAUUUAUAAGUUAUGUCAUCUAAAGCCAAAACUUAAAAAAGUAGGUUGAAUUGACUUGAAAAACAAGUUGUUUUAACUUCCUGCUGCAUUUUUUUUUAAAAGUGUAUGAUUAAAAGAAAGUGAAAUGUUCAUAUACCUAAAACACAGAAAACCUGAUGCAUAUGUAUUUAUUUAAUUAUUGGCAUAAAUCUUUCCUUAAAUGAGCUGUUUGUAAUGAAAAGUCACUUACUAAAGCCAACAUCUUUUUUUGUCUUAAAGCUAGAUUUAUUUCCUAAGGUCAUUUUGCUCAUCAAGAAAAUGCAUCUUAAUUUAAGCAUUUUUAGAUAUUCGAACUGAAAACAAAACAUAAAUACUAAGUAAGAAUGUCAUUGCAGUGUUUAAGUUUUGAAUUGUGAUUGACAUAACUUAUAAAAACAAGUUUAAAUUGAUUAACUUAAUUUAUUUAGUUAAGGUAACAUAAUUAGACAUCAUUUUUUACAGCCUAGGCUAACGCACAUGCGUAUACACUGUGCUAUUUUAAAUAGUCAUUUAGGUUUGUUGUUUGCCACACUGUGCGAUUAAGAUCGUAAUUUAGUCCAUGUCACACUAUAUGAUCUCAGUUUUCAUCAAUGUCAGACUGGACGAGUUUAAAAAUCGGACGCACGCAAACAAACGCGCCCAUAGUUUUACGUUAAUCGAUCGGUGACGGCUGGGCGAACACAUGCUGAAGCAAGGUUAGCAAACCGAAACAACAUCUAGCGUUCAUUUAAUCAUGUCUUGUCUCGAGCAUAAAAGAUGAAAAAACUAGGGAGACAAGUACCUGGCAUUUGUAUUUCCAGCAUGUAUGUCUACCCGUCUCUUUUGGACAUUUGUCUGCGUGGGUUGGUUUUGUCGCACUAAUUGCGUCAUUGACUUCUAUUGGUUCUUGAUCUGCUGGUUGUCGUAGGGAGGUGUCAGACAGUGUCUCUAAAUUUCUGACAUUGCCAGAAUUUUGUCACAGGAUAAUUUUUAUCACAACGGUCAUUAAUCGGCUGUCUGUGAACAUGGCAAAUAAGCGAUCAAAGGCAGUAGAUUUUAGCCUAGGAUUCCAGGAAUCUUUUAGGAUUUCAAAAUUUGUCCCAGACAGCUAAAUCCUGGCUGAAAUCUCACAGUGUGCACCGGGUUUUACACACAAAAACUUCAGUUUGCAGCUUAAUUAUUACCAGGAUAUAUUUGUAUUAUUAGAAAGGAUGUGUUCAUUUUUAACACAUUGUUUUGUGUUAUUCUAUUUAACAAAUUAUGUGUAAUUUCGUGUUGAUUUUAUGUUCAAAUAAAAAAAAGGGGCAACACAAAGUGUGUUGUUAAAAAAAAAUAGCCUAACACAGAAAUGUGAUAAGUUAAGGACAACAUAUUAAAUGUGUUGUCCUUAACUAGACACAAGAUGUGUUAUUUUAACACAUGCAUUUUAGAGUUUUUUUUUUCAUUUACUUAAAUAAAAUUUGUGUUAAUCAACAUUCUAAGUAAGGACGUGUUCAUUUUUUACAAACUUUUUUUUGUAAAAAUUACACAUUAUUUUACACAUUAUGUAUCAUUUUGUGUUAAAAUAAAACACAAGUUGUGUUAAAAGUAACACACAAUGUGUUGUUUUAAUAAUAACACAGAGAUGUGUGGAUUCUGGGACAACACCUUUAGUAACACUGAUGUGUUGUUUUAACACAUAGUGAACUCAGAUCAUGUAAACUUAAUAUUAUUUAU